AUGGCGACGCGGGCCCCCUCGGAACAGGACCAAUACGAUGUGCGCGAGCAAAUUGGCCGAGGUGCCUUUGGUUCGGCCUUCCUGGUGGUUCAGCGCGACACGAAGCGCCAAUUCGUGCUCAAGAAGAUCCGUCUCGCCCGGCAAACUGACUGGCAGCGGAAGAGCAGUUUCCAGGAGAUGAAGCUCAUGAGCGCGCUGAACCACCCGUUCAUAGUGCCGCACAUCGAGAGCUGGGUCGACCGCGGCCACACGAUCAACAUCGUGUACGGGUACUGCGACAGCGGCGACCUCAGUUCCUACCUCAACCGCUGCCGGCAGAAGAAGGUCGCGAUCCCCGAGGAGCAGCUCAAAAUCUGGCUAGUUCAGAUGCUCAUGGCAAUGGAGUACUGCCACGCGCGCAACGUGCUCCACCGCGACAUCAAGGCCUCGAACAUCUUCCUCACGUCCGAGGGCGACAUCCAGAUCGGCGACUUCGGCCUCGCCACCUUCCGCGAGGGAGGGGACUCGGACGACCAGUCCCUCGUCGGCACCCCGCACUACAUGUCCCCGGAGCUGCUCUCCAAGAAGCCGUACGGCUUCGCGAGCGACGUAUGGUCCCUCGGCUGCGUCAUGUACGAGCUGACCGCGCAGCGCCCGCCCUUCACGGCCUUCAACAUCCACGGCCUGAUCCAGAAGAUCAAGAAGGCGCCCCUCCCGCCACUCCCCCCCGGGUAUUCCCAGGGCUGGUACUGUACCAUCCGUAACAUGCUGCGCAAGGCGCCGCGCGACCGGCCGUCCGUGUCGGACGUCCUCGCGGACCCCUGCCUGCGCGACACGUACCUGGCGAUGCGCGAGCGCGCCCUGAAGCUCAUCCCGGACCUCGACCUGCCGGAGAUGCCCGACCCGUGCGAGCUGCCGCCGAUGCCGCACACGCCCGGGUGGCCGCGCGGGGAGCCCCUCGACGGCCCGCCGCGGACGCCGCAGCUGCAGACGCGGCGCUCCGCGGGCGUCGCGGGCCGCGCGCUCGCGGCCGCGGGCCUCAAGCGGCCGGGGACGGGCGGCACGGGGAGCGGCGUUGAGGCGAACGGGAGCGCCGCGGCAAGCGGCGGGGGCGGCGCGAGCGGCCGCGCGGGGCGCCCGCCGCGCGACAAGAAGGCGCGCGAGGUCGUGCGGUCCGCGAGCGGCCCGCCCGGCCGCCGCCCGAAGAACCGUCGCCCGAAAGCGCGGCUCACCGGCGCGCGCCCGCGGCCGAACGACCCGCCGCCGGACUUCCACGGCGACCGCGAGCAGGAGAUCCUCCUCGGCCCGGGCGGCUCGACCGAGGACGAGGCCCUCCACACGGACUACGACGACAGCGAGGGGCAGAUCGACGAGGGCUUCAACGAGGAGCUGGAGUUCGUGCAGGUGGUGCGGCGGAGCGGGACGCGGGACAGCAGCAUGCUCGGGGACUCCGAGGCGGACGAGGGCGGCGAGGGGGGGGGUCCGGAGGGGGAGCAGGGGGCCCGGGGCAUCCGGUCGUUGCCCGGACGCGCCCCGCUGCCUCCUGGGGACGCGGAGCGGGCGAGGGGGUCGGCGGCGGCGACGCCGACGCGGCGGUCGGGGCCGAUUGUGUCGUCGUGGUCGCCGCGGACGGCGGAGGCGCCGGGGCUGGCCGGGGAGCCCGCGACGCCCGCGGCCGAGGGCGGCGGCGGCGUGAUCGAGAGCCACGCGAUCACGCCGGCGCCGCUGACGCCCGCGCUGUUCGGCGUGCGCGGCGACACGGCGCCUGGGCCUGGCGGCGGGGGCGCGGAGCUGGCGUCGGCGGUGGAGGCGGGCUCGCACGCGGCGACGGACCCGGAGCUGCGCGGGGGGCCGAGCAUGGCGGAGCGCGAUCCGCAGUCGGCGAUGGCGGCGGCGGAGGCGGCGUUGCGAGAGGAAAUAGAGGAGGCGCAUCACGAGGGGCAUCCUGACGAGGGGGGGGAGUACGAGGAGGGCGAGUACGAGGAGGAGUACGACGAGGACGACGACGAGUACUACGACGACGAGGACGAGUACUACUCGGACGAGACGUCGGCGACGGAGCGCGAGAGGGAGCGCGAGCGCCUGCAGCUGCUCGAGCCCGCGCUGGCGCUGUGUUGCCGCCUCUACGACCGCGGGCGGCUCGAGGAGCUCGGCCACAUGCUGCACUCGCUCACGGGGCUGUCGGACCCGCCAGGCGUGAUCGCGCACGAGUCCGGGAGCCGCCUCCACGCCCUCCACAAAGCGAGAAAAGAGUCGCCCUUCCAACUUGGGGACCAAGUCAUCGUAGGCAACCGCCGACGCCUCAAAGCCGUCAUCCGGUACUUCGGGCCGACGGCGUUCGGGCCGGGCGAGUGGGUCGGCAUGGAGCUCGAACGUCCGGACGGGAAGAACGACGGCGUCGUGAACGGCGUGCCGUAUUUCUCGUGCCCACCGGGAUGCGGCUUGUUCGUUCGAUCAUCCAUCCUGCGGCCAGAGGGCCCGCCCGACCACUACACCGGGCCGACGCAGAUGUAG